GCAGUGACCAGCUCCGCCGCACGACCUGGCUGCACCCGCGCACCGGGGAGCCCGUCAACUCGGGCCACAUGAUUCGCUCAGACCUGCCCCGCGGCUGGGAGGAGGGCUUCACGGAGGAGGGCGCCAGCUUCUUCAUCGACCAUAACCAGCAGACCACAGCAUUCAGGCAUCCUGUGACGGGGCAGUUUUCUCCAGAGAAUAGUGAAUUCAUUCUUCAAGAAGAGCCAAAUCCACAUAUGUCAAAGCAAGAAAGAAACCAAAGACCGUCCAGCAUGGUCAGUGAAACGUCCACAGCUGGGACCACUUCCACCCUGGAGGCCAAGCCUGGACCCAAGAUUAUAAAGUCCAGCAAUAAAGUCCACAGCUUCGGGAAGAGGGACCAGGCAAUUAGGAGAAACCCCAAUGUUCCAGUGGUGGUGAGGGGCUGGCUGCACAAGCAGGACAGUUCUGGGAUGAGAUUGUGGAAGAGAAGGUGGUUUGUGCUUGCUGACUAUUGCUUGUUUUACUAUAAAGACAGCCGAGAAGAAGCAGUCCUCGGGAGCAUCCCUCUACCCAGCUAUGUGAUCUCGCCAGUGGGCCCUGAGGAUCGCAUAAGUCGCAAGUACUCCUUUAAGGCUGUGCACACAGGGAUGCGAGCUAUCAUCUAUAACAGCUCCGUGGUGGGCUCUCAGGCUGAGCAUUCCGGCAUGAGGACCUACUACUUCAGUGCCGACACCCAGGAAGACAUGAAUGCUUGGGUCAGGGCCAUGAACCAGGCUGCACAGGUGCUGUCUCGAUCAUCACUAAAGAGGGACGUGGAGAAGGUGGAGCGGCAGGCUGUCCCCCAGACCAACCACACAGAGUCCUGUCGUGAAUGUGGCCAUGUGGGACCUGGACACUCAAGAGAUUGUCCUCAUCAUGGCCAUGAUGACUUCUUCGGCUUUGAAAGGCAGGAGCAGGAAGCGGAACGGUACCGUUCCCAGAGGGACCCUCUGGAGGGCAAGCGGGACAGGACCAAGGCCAGGUCCCCAUACUCACCAACCGAGGAGGAUGCCUUGUUUGUGGAUUUACCAGGUGGCCCAAGAGGCCAGCAGGCACAGCCCCAGCGGGCAGAGAAGAAUGGCAUGCUCCCUGCCUCAUAUGGCCCAGGAGAACAGAAUGGGACCGUUGGGUACCAGCGGACCUUUCCUUCCAGGACCAACCCUGAAAAGCAUAGCCAGAGGAAGAGCAACCUGGCCCAGGUGGAGCACUGGGCAAAGGCCCAGAAAGCGGAUGGCAGGAGCCUCCCCUUAGACCAGACGCUUCCUCGCCAGGGUCCUGGCCAGUCCCUGUCCUUUCCAGAAAACUACCAGACUCUUCCUAGGAGCACACGACACCCCUCAGGGGGCUCCUCGCCCCCUCCCCGCAACCUGCCGAGUGACUACAAGUAUGCACAGGACCGGGCUAGCCACCUGAAGAUGUCCAGUGAGGAACGCCGGGCGCACCGGGAUGGCACCGUGUGGCAGCUGUAUGAGUGGCAGCAGCGCCAGCAGUUCCGACAUGGCAGCCCCACAGCACCCAUCUGCAUGGGCUCCCCAGAGUUCACUGACCAGGGCCGGAGCAGGAGCAUGCUGGAGGUGCCCCGCUCCAUCUCUGUGCCUCCGUCUCCCUCAGACAUCCCUCCCCCGGGACCCCCAAGGGUCUUCCCACCCCGGCAGCCCCACGUACCAGCAGAGCGGGUCACUGUGAAGCCACCAGACCAGAGGAGGAGUGUGGACAUCUCACUGGGGGGUUCUCCCAGGAAGGCUCGGGGCCAUGCUAUUAAGAACGCUUCUCACAUAGACCGCCGCUCCAUGCCCUCCAUUGGUUACAUGACCCACACAGUCAGCGCUCCCAGUUUACACGGAAAAUCGGCCGACGAUACCUACCUCCAGCUGAAGAAAGACCUGGAGUACCUGGAUCUAAAGAUGACAGGCCGAGACCUCAAGGAUCGAAGUCUGAAGCCUGUGAAGAUAGCUGAGAGUGACAUUGAUGUCAAACUGAGCAUCUUCUGUGAACAAGACAGGAUCCUGCAGGACUUAGAAGACAAGAUACGAGCCCUCAAGGAGAACAAAGAUCAGCUAGAAUCUGUUUUGGAAGUGUUGCACAGACAGAUGGAGCAGUACCGAGACCAACCUCAGCACCUGGAGAAGAUUGCCUACCAGCAGAGGUUGCUGCAGGAGGACCUUGUCCACAUCCGAGCUGAGCUCUCCAGAGAGUCCACUGAGAUGGAAAAUGCUUGGAACGAAUACUUGAAGUUGGAGAGUGACGUGGAGCAGCUGAAGCAGACUCUACAAGAGCAACACAGGAGAGCCUUUUUUUUCCAGGAGAAAUCGCAGAUACAGAAGGAUCUGUGGAGGAUUGAAGAUGUCAUUGCAGGCCUGAGUACAAAUAAGGAGAACUUCAGGAUCCUAGUAGAAUCAGUCAAAAAUCCGGAAAGGAAGACGGUGCCUUUGUUUCCUCAUCCGCCUGUGCCUUCACUCUCGACCGCCGAGAGCAAGCCACCCCCGCAGCCCAGCCCUCCCACCAGCCCUGUGCGGACCCCUCUGGAGGUUCGACUCUUCCCUCAGCUACAACCCUAUGUGCCCUACCGACCUCACCCACCCCAGCUGAGGAAAGUGACAUCCCCCCUUCAGUCACCGACGAAGACGAAGCCCAAAGUUCAGGAAGAUGAGGCACCUCCCAGGCCCCCACUCCCCGAACUCUACAGCCCAGAGGACCAGCCCCCGGCCGUGCCACCUCUGCCAAGAGAGGCCACCAUCAUCCGGCACACUUCUGUGCGGGGCCUCAAACGGCAGUCAGAUGAGAGGAAGCGAGACCGGGAGCUGGGGCAGUGUGUGAACGGGGACUCGAGGGUGGAGCUCCGUUCAUACGUUAGUGAGCCUGAGCUGGCAACCCUCAGCGGAGACAUGGCCCACUCCUCCCUGGGACUUGUGGGCCCUGAGAACAGGUACCAGACGCUGCCAGGCAGAGGUCUCUCGGGGUCCACGUCAAGGCUCCAGCAGUCCUCCACCAUUGCUCCCUACGUCACACUCCGGAGGGGUCUAAAUGCUGAAAGCAGCAAGGUGACCUUUCCUAGACCCAAGAGUGCCUUGGAGCGCCUGUACUCAGGGGACCACCAGCGGGGCAAGAUGAGCGCGGAAGAGCAGCUUGAGCGCAUGAAGCGACACCAGAAGGCCCUGGUCCGAGAGCGCAAGAGGACACUGAGCCAAGGAGAGAGGACAGGCCUGCCCUCGUCCCGCUACCUCAGCCAGCCACUCCCCGGAGAUAUCGGCUCAGUAUGUUAGGAGGGGCCAGGCAGGCGGGCACAAAGCUUCCCUUCAGAGCUAAUCAGAGCUCCCCAAGGGCCCCAAACACAAGCGUGCCAGACCCUGAGCAAGUGUUCAUGCACCUUGAUGGUUCAGAGAACACCCCAUGGAACUAUUUGUCCACCAUCCAGGCCACAUGUGUGACAUGGUCGGAAGGUGACUCAGAAUCAGAGCAGGAGUCAGGAUCUCACGGCAGAGCCCUAGGAGCCAGGAAAAUCAGUCAGUCAGUCUUCCAAGGCAAGCUUAAGAGGGGUCUUUGCAGGCUUUCCGAGUCACUCAGUUGACUUAAGGACUUGGCAAUUCAGGGUUCAGGGACGAGAGGAGGACAAUGGUGAUGUGGUUUGAUGAGGAGAAGCACAAGUAAGCUGACCAGCCUUCCAACCCUGCAAGCACGUGCUCUGUGGGGCAGUGGAGCACAGGUUUGUGCCGAUACCCUGAGAGCUGGUGGUCUCCCAUAGCUCAUGGUGCUGAGGCCCCAGGGUGCCCAGGAGAGCUGGGGAAGCCGCCCAUGGUCGCACUUCCUGGUGCUGCGUGCUGUCCACAGUUGCCUUAGGUCCCUUUUGAAAAUGCUCCAUUUGACUUUUUCCUGUUGUUUGAAGUUGUAUAUAUCCCUAAACCUCUGGCCUGACUGUUCUUUCCCUAAUUCAUUGCACAAGCUCUUUUGCUUUUAGUGUUACUGCUCAUUGCCUCUCUAAU